GCGGAGGGAAAUUCUUCAGUUUGAAAAUCCUUCCUCGUCGGAACUGAACUGAAAUGAAAAUGGCCGAAACCCUAAGCCCCACCGCCAAGCAGAGGACCAUGUUCUCGCCGGCCAAAAGCCCCUACUUUAUUGGUUCCAACGACGACAACCUCGAGCGCGCUCAGGCACGUGCCGCGCGCGCCGCUGCUAUCAGGCGCAAGCCCGCCGUCUGUGUCGCCACCUCCGACGCCUCUGCGGCAGAUCCGUGUCUUGAAAGAGACCAGAUCCUUGAGUUGUUUCACAAUUGCAUCAAACUCGCCAGCGAAAACAAAAUCAAUCAGAAAAACACGUGGGAGCUGAAUUUAAUAGAUCAUCUCUGCGAGAUUAUUAAAGUCGAAGAAGAAACUGAUGCUGAGACCAAUUUUCAGAAGGCCAGUUGUACCCUUGAAGCUGGGGUAAAGAUUUAUUCCAUGAGGGUGGACUCUGUGCAUUCGGAGGCCUAUAAAGUCUUAGGAGGAAUUAAUCGGGUCGGGCAAGCAGAUGAGCAAGAUCAUGCUGGCGAGGAUGCAAAUUCUGAACAAGGGGAAGCUGAUGAAAAGAAAGAGAAAGAGAGGAAGUUGUCACCUUUGUCUACUCUGGAAUCAUCUUUUUCUGCUCUAAAUGUAAAAAAAUUUGAUGCUGCCUUUGUAGUGGACCCUCUGUACCAUCAGACAUCUGCACAGUUUGAUGAAGGUGGGGCAAAGGGUCUGUUGUUGAACAAUCUUGGAGUCUAUGGUAAUUGCCAUGUCCUUUUUGAUUCUUUGGAAGUGCCUGGAAGGUGUGUAUCUUCCACCUCACAGGCUGAUGGCUUAGAGACAAUUGAUCUGUCUUUUGCUAGAGAUUGCAUUGUGAAGAUGGUGCCGGACAUGCUUAACAGUUCGGAAAUAUCUCCAAGCCUAAGGGAUAUAGUAAAUCACUUCGACAAAGAUGACCAAAGGCCAACAGAUUCAUAUUCAUUAGAUCAAAGUUCUUCUUGGCAAGAUAAUGAGAGUCCUGAUACGAAUGUCACCUUAGAUGGUGAUACUAUCAGGAAUUCCGGAACCUUUGACUUUGAUUGUGAUGACCAGACAAGUGUCGUUGAUGAUGGCCCAUAUGACGAUGACACAAGUUUCUCAAUUCAGCAAGAAGCUCCUCAUAUGGCUAAUGGAGAAUCAAAUCAUGACGACCAACCUUAUGAUGAUAAAUUUGGGGAUGUUGAUAGUUAUUUGUUCUUGAGUUUAGGAUUUUCAUCAAAGAAAAACGCAUGGGCUGGUCCUGAUCAUUGGAAAUAUCAAAAAGCUCAAGAUCCUGGGGAAUCAAAGCAAAAUGGAUUGCCAAAGCCCAAAAGAACAAAAACAAAGAAAGAAAAUUUGGACAUUGAUUUUUUGAGUGCUGUUGAUAGUGAUUUUUCAGAUAUCUUUGCGCCUCCAAAGAAUCCCAAGUCCUUAUUACUGCCUGCAAAUAGAGUACCUUGCAACACAAAACUUCCGGAAGAUUGUCACUACCAGCCGGAAAAUCUUGUAAAGCUAUUUUUGCUACCUAAUGUUUUGUGCCUUGGAAAAAGUGGGAAGAAGAGAAUAGAAGAAGAAAACCAACAAAGAGAUGGAUACGAAACAACAGCAGCGUGGGAUGAUGACGGCGGUUUUGGUGAUACUUUUGAUGAUGGACAUGCGUACAGUGAUAAUGAGGAACCGAGCACGCUCAUUUCUCAACCUAGGCAGGUGAAUAAAAUCGAGGUCCAGUACGACAAGACAUCAAAACAAGUUGAUGUUCAGGUUCUAAAGGAAACACUAUGGGAUCAUAUGCAGCAGUUGAAUCAAACUUCAGUGGAGUUGGAAGAAAAGGGUGGCAUAUCGUUCAAGCAAGUGUUGUCCAGUUUUCCUGAGGAAUGCAGAGCAGCAGCGGCAAAAGACGACAUCUCGCCACAUUUGUGCUUCAUAUGCCUACUGCAUCUUGCCAACGAACACGGGCUGACGAUAAGCGGAUCCUCCAAUCUGGAAGACUUAACCAUACAACUCAACAAAUCCAUAUAGCAACAACUGAGGUAAACUCUCUCUCUGUUAAUGUUGUUGUUGUUGCUGGUAUUAUUGGCUAUGUGUAGAUUGAUUGCUAUUGCAUACUUAGGCUAUUUGAUUUAAAUCUUAUGGCAUUGUUGUUGAGAUCUGUUAAAAGGGAGGGUAUGCAUGCACGCAUGCUGCUUCUCUUUCCAACAUCCAAUAUAGAUAAUUUUUGUUUUUUC